AUGGUGGAAGAACUUCAUUCGGGCCUUAUUGGCCUCAACACACAUCUACCUCAAACACUCUCUGUUGAACAGCUAGGUAGGGCAGCUCAGUUAAGGCGUAAGAUGAUGAAUAUGGUGGUUGAUGGAUCACAUGAUGCUGCCAGAUGUUGUUCGCUUCCAAGUGUUGCUGCCGAAGCUCUAGUUUCUCUCAACUUGAUGGGUAGGGCAAGGUUGCCAGUUAUGGACGAGAAAACCUGCAACAUUUCAUAA